UGUAUUGUUUAUUCGUUCAGCGCACGUUGACUUUGCAUUGGAGCGCGGGUUCGCUUAAAUUCCCCACUCCACCGAAGGCAACCCAGCAAAACGCAAGCUGCCACCUCCGUAUUAUACGGUCACUGUUCAUCUCUCUCUCUCUCAUUCAUUUGAUGCAUGUUCUCUGGGAGCAAUAGCUGGGCUUCAUCUCUGCUGGGUCGUCGUCUCGCAGCGUUACUUUUCCUUCUCUGGGUGUGGCUUCGCAGCAAGUUUUUCGGUUCUCGUGUGCAGUCGCAGAAAAUAUAUCUGAAUAGAAAAUUGUCAUGGAAGAUAGGCAACUGAAUUACAACCAGCCGCUCCUUUCUACGAGGCGGUUCCCAUCGACCCCAACUUUUUCAGGAGGAGCUAAAGAUCAGGGCAUGAGGGGCGAUCCUCUUGCCAAACUCCCUCCUCUUCCUCCUGCAUACAGAUCAGAGCUAAAGUCAGGGCCGAUAAGUAGUCCAGGAACAGUGCCAUUUACGUGGGAACGGAGCCCCGGGAGGCCCAAACAUGAGCGCACUAUGCAGAUCCAAACUCUUAGACCACCUCCUGGCAGCCCCAAGCUUUCAUCGGACAGAACAAUGAAUGUUAAAAAGCAGUCCUUGGACAAAGUCUGUGACAGUAACCGCAAUUUUCUAUCCCAAAGAGUAAAUGUCGUCCCAAAUGAUGCAUCAAAAGGAGGAGAAGCAGCAGCAUGCGAGGGCUCUAAGAAGGGUGUUUCGGAGGAAGGGGAUGAGGUCUAUGUCGAUGCACAGGAUACUCUUUCUAGGACUGAGUCAUUCUUUUUUAACUGCAGUCUCAGUGGUAUAAGCGGGUUGGAUGGUCCAGACAAUGGAGCAUCUGGGAAAUUCUCAACAAAUCCAGAAAUGCAGGAUUUCAUGAUGGAUCGUUUCUUGCCUGCAGCACAAGCAAUGGCAUCGGAAACGCCUCCACGUCCUACUAGGAAGCAACCUCUGAAAAGAGAGCAACCAAAGUUUGUUAACCGGGCUAUAAAUGUGGUUAAGCAGCAGCGAGAACAGCAUUACAGGCCGCCUGCUAUAUCCCAUUAUGCCCCUGAAUUAAUAGGUGUGGAUAACCGAGGUGCUGAUGAUGAUGAUGAUGAUGGUGGUGAAUAUGAUGAGCCCGAAAAGUCAUCUUUCAAAGGCUGUGGGUUGCUUCCUCGCUUUUGCCUGAAGUCAUUUUGUCUCUUAAACCCAGUGCCAAGUGUCAAGACACAGGCUGCUGGACAUGUUUCAUUAGCCCAUAGGGUGCAAGCUAAGUCUUCACGUAAUGUUUCUAGCAAGGAAAGAAGCAGUGAGCACGCUUGUGAUUUAGUAAGCCAGCAAAGAUAUGUCAAUCGACAUCCAGUGCCUGGGAUUCAAGAUGAUAAGCUCAUGCCGAAUAGCAAAUCAAGCCCAAUCAACAAAAUGACUUGCAUAAGAGAAUCUCCGAGAGCAGAUCGGCCAUUCGAGAGCAGGAAUUUUCAAGGAGUCAGCAGUGUACACUUCAAGAUUGAAUCAUCUCAUCCAAUUCUUCAAGAAGAGAGAAAAUUUUGUGGGAAUACUAGGUCAACUGAGAACUCAAGGGUGGACGACUUCGUUCCUCCAGGAAAAGCACUCCCCAGCUUUCGACAAUUUCUUAUUAGUGAGGAUAAUGAAGGGGAUACUGGCUUCACAGCUCCCUCAGUUGAGAAGACUUUGUAUGUUGACCGUGUACAUGUUAUAAGAUCUCGUAAUUCAGAUACAAGUUCCCCUGAUAAAACAGGAAUACCUGACUUCAGACGAGAUGAAUUUGCAGCUGAUGAACUGAACUAUAAGGUCCAAGAAGCUCAUUCUGUUGACUUUUCAGCCGAGGAAGACAAGUAUUCGAGUGCUUUAGAUGAAACGGAGACGGAGCAUGAAAGAUCGGAGUCCACCGAUUCCAUAUCACACUUUCCUCACCAUAGAUUUAAUGAGGAUACACAAAUUGAUGUCAACAGGCGCAGACAGAGCAAUGAUGUGAAAAUAACCCAUGAAGUCUGCGGUGAUGGGAAGAGUGAUCUAGGAAGCCAGUUUUCUUUGAGAUCUGGCGACCGUAAAAAUUCUUAUGACAACGGUUCAGAUCUCCCCGUUCCCCCACAAUUGCCACAGUGCCCAUCAGAGUCUUGGCUAAACCGUACCUUGCCAUUUACAUCCUCUAGGAACUUGUCUACACGAUUUUCCCUAGGUUUGCUUGAUUCUGACGGGUCAAAAGCUUCCAACUUUUGCAAUAUUAGUUCCAAGAGGGAAACAACUGUCAAAAAGUCUGAUCAAACGAGGGGCAUUUAACUCCUCACAGGGCAUUCGGUGAAGUGAGAAGAGUUUCAGGCCAAUCCACAAAGUAUCUCUUACUGUGUUGUGUUCAUCCUGCAGACUCCUCCCUGCAAAAUUAUCCACAUAGCUUGCCGUCCACCUUGGUAUAUAUAAAGCCUGAUGUCAACCUUGUGCAAUUAAGCGCUGGUUGCCUGGAGAGAGUCACAUUCUUACAAUUUAUAUGGUAACUUAUGCAAGUAGGGCUUUGGCCUGUUGGAAGGGAACCGAUUGUUCCAAAAUAAAAGUAUACCUGCCUGUUAUAUUCUUGUGCGAUCGUUUGUUAGUACUAAAGUAUCACAAUCGCGAGAAAUUAUUGUCUACAGUCAUUCUUUUAAGGCAAAGCCAAAUAAAUUAUGUAUCAAGAAAUAUUUCUUUGGUUGCAA